AAUCAAAAAAAGCAAUUGAUGGAAUUAAUGGAACAAAAUUUCUUGGUAAAACGUUAUUCUGUGAUUUUGCAUUUAUAAGACCACCUGUCAAUACAACUGUUAGUUUGCCAGAUAGAGAAACAAGAGAUCGUACAUCAACUAGAAGUAGGAUUGGGAGUAGUAGAAGACGUGAAAGAUCAUCCAGUCCAUCAUCAUCAUCAAGGAGAUAUUAA